AUGUACGAAGAGAAUUCAAUGCCGGAUUGGGUCAUGUCAAAGAAGAAAAUGGGGUUUUCGUCUUUGAAAGGUAUCGAGGAAGAAAUCAUUUCUUCGCAAAACAUUUAUGCGAGAAAGCGUGAUGUCUAUAUCGAUGAGCUAGAGACAAGCUUAUAUCAACUUCAAGACAGAAUUGCACAAAUGGAAAGCGAAUCCACUGAUGAGUUAGACAAGCUGAAUAGACAUUAUGCUGAUUAUCUGGAGUUAGCUGUAAACCUUAUCGAAUUGGAGCGUUUUGAACGCAAUGAAAUCACGGAGCGAUUUAAGGAGCAUCUAGAUGAGAUCCAGAAGAGAAAAGUGCCGAUGCUAGCGGAACUUCAUGAUUUCUUCAAAAGACGGCUCACUACCGUUAUAUCAUGUAAGGAACAGAAAAUUUUUCAGCUACAAGCGGACAAGGAGACAUUGUUGGAGAAGUGCAGCCGUUUGCGCACGGUUGAAAAACUUCUUGAACAAAAUAGCGUGGAGCUGGAUAAGACCAAGAAGGAAUUGAAUUUACUGCGUAUAGCCAAAGACAACCGUAAUCAGAAGCAUCAGAAGCAGAAGAUAAACGAACUGAAGAAAGUUCGUCUUGAAAAUGAUAAGCUGAAGAAACAGAUGGCUUGA